GUGGAAAGUUUUAAUAAUAUUUAUAAAGAAUUAGAAAACCACAUAGCCAAUUUUAAGUCUGACAGAAGGCCCUUAUACAAUUUGACAGAACAGUACAAAGCAGAUGGUUGUUAUUCUAUAACAAUAACAGAUGAGUACACAAAUGCAAGUAUAUGGAGAGAAGACCCAUGCAGUGGGUACUGCUCUAUUUAUGAGCUAAUUAAUUCUUAUGCGUUUAAAAGGUAUUUAAUAGAUUAUAGGAAACGCCCAGAAGAAUUCUGGUAUAAAAUAAUUGAUUUGCUUAUUCUUAUGCCAGAUAUUUUUAGUGCAUAUCAAGGAAUUGCAAAUGAACUUAGAAAUCUAAUUCUACUUUCUGGCGAUUACACUAAUGCCUUUAAUUUUAUUGGGAUUAGAAGUAUUUAUAAAGGCAAAAACCCAUCCGAAAAAUCCAUGAAUUAG